AUGGCCACCAAGAUCGACAAAGAGGCUUGCCGGACGGCGUACAACCUGGUGCGCGACGACAGCUCGGCCGUCAUCUGGGUGACUUUUAAAUAUGACGGCUCCACCAUCGUCCCCGGCGAGCAGGGAGCAGAAUAUCAGGACUUCAUCCAACAGUGCACAGAUGAUGUCCGACUGUUUGCUUUUGUGCGCUUCACCACUGGGGAUGCGAUGAGCAAGAGGUCCAAGUUCGCCCUCAUCACAUGGAUCGGCGAGAAUGUCAGCGGGCUGCAGCGUGCUAAGACCGGCACCGACAAGACCCUGGUGAAGGAGGUGGUGCAGAAUUUCGCCAAAGAGUUUGUGAUCAGCGAUCGGAAGGAGUUAGAGGAAGAUUUCAUCAAGAAUGAGCUCAAGAAGGCGGGAGGAGCCAAUUACGACGCCCAGACGGAGUAA